AAACAGCCCAGCGGCAGGAGUCGGUCUGCAUUCCCGCAGCUGACGACUGCUGGGUGCUGCCCCCCCCCGCCGCCCCACACUCGGAAGAGCUGGAAAGGUGCCGGACUGCAGCCAUGCUGGCGCUGCUGUGCGCCUGCGUGUUCCUGGUGGCCUGCACCUCGGACGCCAACCUGAGCACGGAGGAGCAGAUCCGCGACAUGCACGCCAAAGUGACGGAGAUCUGGCAGGAGGUGGCCGCCCGGCGGGCGGCGGGCGGCGGCCAGGACCCCGCACUCUACGCCGUCUGCCAGGUGCGGCCGUCGGCCUCGCUGGGCGCGGAGCAGCCGCAGGUCACCGGCGUGGUGUUUUUCCGGCAGGCUGCGCCCGGCGCCCAGCUCGAGGCCUUCUUCAAUCUGGAGGGAUUCCCGGCCCAGCCCAACGGCUCCAGACGCGCCAUCCACGUGCACCAGUUCGGGGACCUGAGCCAGGGCUGUGAGUCCACCGGGCCGCACUACAACCCGCUGGGGGUGCAGCACCCGCAGCACCCGGGCGACUUUGGCAACUUCGCCGUGCGGGACGGCAGCCUCUGGAAGUACCGCGCCGGCCUCGCUGCCUCGCUCAGCGGCCCGCACUCGAUCGUGGGCCGAGCCGUAGUGGUGCACGAGGGCGAGGACGACCUGGGCCGCGGCGGCAACCCGGCCAGCCUGGAGAACGGCAACGCGGGGCGCCGGCUGGCCUGCUGCGUGGUGGGCCUGUGCGGGCCCGGGCCCUGGACGCGCCAGGCGCAGGAGCGCAGGAAGCGGCGGCGAGACAGCGAGUGCAAGACGGUUUGAGCGCACCCUGCCCGGCCUGUGUUGGAGAGCUCCUGGGCGCCCCGGGCCCGCUGCAUGUCCUGACACCCCCUCCUAGAGCCCCGAGAUCCCCUCCAGGUGCCUCAGGACCUCUUCCACACCCUGACACUCCUCCAAGCGCACUGAGAUCCCCUCCAUCUGCCCCAAGACACUGCCCCCACCUUGAUUUUCUCCCUCUGCUCCCAGAGACAUCCUCUACCCGGCAGUCCCACUUCCGCCAUGGCCGAGGUCUCCCCAGAAGUCCCCUCUACCUUGAGUUCUCCAAUCAGUUAUGCUGAGAUACCCCCUCCACCUGGAGCACCGUUCCCCCAGCCCCGAGAACCCCCCGAGGCAUACCCUUCCAUCGACCACAUACCCCGCCUACCUUUAGGGCCUCCUAGACUCUUAAGACCCCUUUCUACCCUGACACCCCUCCCCUCACCCCAGGAGCCCGGAGACACCUCUCUGCCCUAAGGACUCACCCACCUCUCCCGCCCCUUAGAUUCCUCCUAGGCUCUGAGACCAGGCCUGCUGCUGCCUAGGGUCCCGACCUCCCCACCCACCACCACCACCGCCGCCGUGUGGCCCUGACAGCGCCCUGCCUCUAGUUAGGUGCCCCUGCCUGAGUAUUCAGCUGUUUUCGGCGCCCCGCCACCCUGCAGAGGGCAGAUAGACACGCUUUGGAGCUGUUUGCCAAUCCUCAUGUUGUACAUUAAAAACCCAGCAGCUCAGUAUUGCAUCAGGGUCUUGGUUACUUUUUUUGUUUGUUUGAGGCCUCUCUCCCCUGGCUCGGUUACUAUUUGGAAAUAGCAAAGAUAUUUCCAAAAAGCCCCGAGGACUUUUUAUCAUCCUCUUCCCAGUUCUGCUGGCCACGCUGUUCAGUCACUGAUUGUUGUGGGAAGUGAGGGAAAAAAAUACAGCUUCCUGGGCUACGCCCUGGAGCUGAGGAGCCCAACUAGAGAGAAGAAAAUGAAUCUAUUUGCAACAAGCUUCUGGCGAUUCUAGACACUGGACACUCUAGACAUUUUAGACAUUAGAGCCACCGGCCUGGGCCCUGUGUCUCCUCGCAUCUGCCUCCAAGCGCAGCAUGAGGUCCAUUUCCCGGAUGUCGGAGACAGGGCCCGCGAAGCAAAGUCCCUGGGCAAGUUACAGGGAGGCUGGUGUUGGCAAAUGAAGUUGUCAGCCUUUCUGCAACCGGAACAAUGCUCUUCUUGACACAAAAGCUCUUGGAAGCAGUGGGGUCCAAAGGCAGGCUGAUUUUAAUUCAAGGCUUGUUGGAGUUUCAGCCUCUUUUUGAAUAUUAUAAUCUACAUACAGACUAGAUCG